AUGGCCGAGCGGGGCCGCCCGGGCCUCGCCGGCGCGCCCGGCGUGCUCGACACGCCGGUGCCCAUGAACCUGUUCGCCGCCUGGGAGGUGGACGGCGCCAGCCCCAGCUGCGUGCCCAGGCUGUGCAGUCUGACCCUGAAGAAGCUGGUGGUCUUUAAGGGGCUGGAGAAAGAGCUCAUCUCCGUGGUGAUCGCCGUCAAGAUGCAGGGCUCCAAGCGUGUGCUUCGGUCCCAUGAGAUCGUGCUGCCCCCCAGUGGACACGUGGAGACGGACCUGGCCCUGACCUUCUCGCUGCAGUACCCCCACUUCCUGAAGAGGGAAGGCAACAGGCUGCAGGUCAUGCUCCAGCGCCGGAAGCGUUACAAGAACCGGACCAUCCUGGGCUACAAAACGUUGGCGGCCGGCUCCAUCAACAUGGCUGAGGUGCUGCAGCACCCCCCUGAGGGCGGCCGGGUGCUGGGCCUGUGCAGUGACGGCAAGGAAGCGGCUGCCAGGGUGGCCGAGGUCUGGAUCUUCUCCCUAUCCAGCCAGCCCAUCGACCAUGAGGACAGUACCAUGCAGGCUGGCCCCAAGGCCAAGGCCACAGACAACUACUCCGAGGAGGAGGACGAGAGCUUCUCCUCAGAGCAGGAAGCCAGCGACGACGCCGCACAGGGCCAGGAGCUGGACGAGGACGACUUUGAUGUGGGGAAGCCAGGGAAGCAGCGGCGCUCGCUAGUAAGAACGACGUCCAUGACCAGGCAGCAGAACUUCAAGCAGAAGGUGGUGGCCCUGCUGCGGAGAUUCAAGGUGUCUGACGAGGUGCUGGACUCGGAGCAGGACCCCGCAGAGCAUGUCCCCGAGGUGGAGGAGGACCUGGACCUUCUGUACGACACACUGGACAUGGACCCCAGUGACAGUGGCCCUGAUAUGGAGGACGAUGACAGUGUCCUCAGCACCCCCAAGCCAAAGCUCAGGCCAUACUUUGAGGGUCUGUCGCACUCCAGCUCGCAGACGGAGAUCGGCAGCCUCCACAGUGCCCGGAGCCAGAAGGAGCCCCCGAGCCCCGCCGACGCACCCGAGAAGCCACGGACCCCGGUGGGCCGGCCGCCGAGCGACACCACCCCUGACCCUGCAGCCAACAGCUCCCCGGCCCCAGGGGAGCAGCCCGCGCCGUCUGAGGACAGCCCGGAGGCGGACAGCUGCCCCCUGGACGUGUUCUCCGAGCGGCUGCCACCCAGUGGGCGCAUCACCAAGACCGAGUCGCUGGUUAUCCCUUCCAACAGGGCCGAGGGGAAGCCGGCCGGCCGCCGGGGUCGGAGCACCUCCCUGAAGGAGCGGCAGCCGGCCCGGCCGCAGAGCGAGCGGGCCAACAGCCUGGACAACGAGCGCUGCCCAGACACGCGCAGCCCACUGCAGAUCCCCCGGAAGACCGUGUACGACCAGCUGAACCACAUCCUAGUGUCCGACGACCGGCUCCCUGAGAACGUCAUCCUGGUCAACACCUCAGACUGGCAGGGGCAGUUCCUGUCCGAUGUGCUGCAGCGGCACGCGCUGCCCGUGGUGGGCACCUGCUCGGGGGCUGACGUGCAGGCCGCCUUCAGCACCAUUGUCUCCCGCAUCCAGAGAUACUGCAACUGCAACUCCCAGCCACCCACGCCGGUCAAGAUCGCGGUGGCCGGUGCCCAGCAUUACCUCAGUGCCGUGCUGCGGCUAUUCGUGGAGCAGCUGACCCACAAGACACCCGACUGGCUCGGCUACAUGCGCUUCCUGGUUAUUCCGCUGGGCUCCCACCCGGUGGCCCGGUACCUGGGCUCUGUGGACGACCGCUACAAUGACUUCUUCCAGGACCUGGCCUGGCGGGACCUGUUCAACAGGCUGGGCGCCCAGAGCACAGUGCAGGACACCCCUGACAUCGUGGCGCGGAUCACACAGUACAUCUCGGGGGCCAACUGCGCCCACCAGCUGCCCAUCGCCGAGGCCAUGCUGACUUACAAGCAGAAGAGGAAAAAGAACUUUCACUUUGACUUUGCUCUCAGCCCCGACGAGGAGUCCUCCCAGAAGUUCGUCCCCUUCGUCGGGGUGGUGAAGGUUGGGAUAGUGGAACCCUCCUCGGCCACCUCAGGUGACUCGGAUGAUGCGGCCCCCUCAGGCCCCUGCGCGCUCUCAUCCACCCCUCCGUCCUCGUCGCCUGCGGCCAAGGAGGCCUCCCCCACCCCACCCUCCUCCCCGUCAGUCAGCGGAGGCCUGUCCUCCCCCAGCCAGGGCAUCGGCGCCGAGCUGAUGGGGCUACAGGUGGACUACUGGGUCGCCGCCCAGCCCGCGGACAGGAGACGGGACUCCGAGAGGAGGGACCUGCCAGCCGCCAAGAACACGCUCAAGUGCACCUUCCGGUCUCUCCAGGUCAGCAGGCUGCCCAGCAGUGGCGAGGCUGCGGCCACGCCCACCAUGUCCAUGACUGUAGUCACCAAGGAGAAGAAUAAGAAGGUCAUGUUUCUGCCCAAGAAGACCAAGGACAAGGACACGGAGCCCAAAAGCCAGCGUGUCGAGGGCAUCAGCCGGCUCAUCUGCACGGCCAGGCAGCAGCAGACCAUGCUGCGGGUCCUCAUCGAUGGCGUGGAGUGGAACGACGUGAAGUUCUUCCAGCUGGCCGCCCAGUGGUCAUCCCACGUCAGGCACUUCCCCAUCUGUGUCUUUGGGCAUCCCAAGCCCGCCUGCUAGCCGCCCGCGCUGGGCCAGGCCCUCUGCGCCCCGUGGGCAGCGCCACCACGGGACGCCGCCUUGGCCCUGAGACCGGCUCCCGCUGGGCGCCCGGGCCCUGUGCUCACUGGCGCAGGCCUGGCAGGCAGCCGCCAGGGGAGGAUGGUAUGUUGGCGCCUCUGGACCCCAGCGCCCCAGCAAGAAGGGGGCCCUCACCUUCACAGCCAGCCCCUCCUCGACGCCAGCGUGCUUCCUGGGGGUGCUGGUGGCAGGCACAGGGCCGCGCCCCUUCUUCAGGCCCCAGCACCCCCUCCUCCUCCCAAUAAACUCCAGCCUUGCGGGCAGAUGUGUUGCCGCCAAGUACAUGCCACGCCCCCCGCCAGCCGGCCAGGGCCUCCGCUGCCGGGGCUGGGCCCAGGGCCCUGGCCCUUGGGAACCCCGCACCCCAGGAGGCGCCCUUCCGACUCCAGCCUGGUCUCCCCACGGCCACCUGGACGUUGCCGCCUGGCCAUCUGCCCCGCGACCCCCGCACCCCCUCCCCAGGCAGGUGCGGGUCUGGGGGGCCCGGCAGGUUGGACCACAGGACUUGGGCCACGUGGCUGCAGAUUGCUGGCUGGAGCCCCCCUCACCGGUGCUGGACCCCAGGGGACCGGGGCGCUGCCCAUCCCGGGACGCACGUGGUGUCCCCGCCUUGCUUCCACCACCAGCCCCGGGCUCCUGCAGGGGCCGCGCGG